GGGCUCGUCCCUUCUCCUACUACCCAUUCUCCUCUUGUGCCUCUCUCUUUCCAGUGUCUAAAGAUGAAGGCAUCCUUCCUCUUCCUAUCCAUGGUGCUGCUCUUUGGCCUCUUGCUGAGCCAGGCUCCGACCGCCGUGUCGGUGACAUGCAAUCCCAGCUCGCUGAGCGCAUGCGCGUCGUCGAUCCUGAACGGGUCUCCACCAAGCUCCGCUUGCUGUGCUAAGCUCAAGUCACAGAAGCCCUGCUUGUGCCAGUACAAGAAGAAUCCCAGCUUCAGUGGCUACGUCAACUCUAGCAACGCUCGGAAGAUGAUCAGUGCCUGCGGUGUCUCGAUCCCAAAAUGUUGAUUUGGUGGAGUCUCUCUCGCUCUCUCGAGAGUUGAGGCUCGGUUAUUGAUGCAGACUAUAUUGUAACAGAGUGUUGGCAGUGUUAGCAACUGCCAUGUCUUAGUGGGUGCUUUAUGGAUAGCUCUCGCCUUCUUAUUGUCAGUUCCGGGGUUCGUGAGGAGGGCUUGUCCCGUGUAUGCUUAGUAUGGAAUGUCUUAAAUAAUCACCAGUGCUGGUGUUGUUCUUGAGGUAUUAAAUCUAUUUCUUUGACU